CAAACAAACAGCUGAGUCACAGCAUAUGUGUUUUUGUUUUUUUUUUUGCCUCAUAUGUGCUGACGCGGCUCCGCACACGCACACAAAGUGUGACAACCGAGGUCAGAGGUCGGUGCAGUAACACAAACGUGGGCUGAACAAAAGCACCAUCUUUCCAGAAUUCCGUCCUGCCAUAAAUGCGGGCGCGCGAGUCCCUCCGAGGUUUAGUCCGUCAUGCCUCUGCCGCGACGCCGCUCCUCGUUUUUGGGCCAGUCGGGGUCCUCGACCUCGUCCGAGCGGCCCGGCUCCGCGUGCGUCCGGGUGGCCCCCGGCGGCGCCUCGUCUCGGGGCGUCUUCGUGGGCACGGCCCCCCCGAUGGGCGGCGCGUCCAGCCUGGGAACGCGCGUGUCCCGCAGAGCUCUGGGCAUCAGCAGCAUCUUCCUGCAGGGCACCAGGAGCAGCGCCGCGCCCCUACCGGCCCGGGCGGGUCAGGGCGGGGCGGGGGCGGGGGCGGGGGCCGGGGCGAGCGGCGGCCUCAAUAGCUGCUUGAUGGAGUACCGGGACAAAGUCCAAGCGCUGGAACAACUCAACCAGCAACUGGAGGAGCAAAUCCGGAUGAGUCUGGACCGCAAGGCGUCCUGCGCCGGCGCCUGGGGGCCGCUCAGAGGCCAGUGGGAGGACGUCUACAGGCAGGUCAGCGAGGCCAUCCUGGCCAACGCUCGUCUCACGCUGCAGACAGAAAAUGUGCAGGCCAACGCAGAAGACUUCAAGGAAAGGUUCGAGAGCGAACGACCCUUCCGCAAGGCGGCGGAGGACGAGAUCGCUUCGCUCUACAAAGUCCUGGAGGAUGCCGGCCUGACCAGGGCGGAGCUGGAGGACCAGAUGGACGCCAUGAGGGCCGAACUUCAACAACUGGAGCGGCAACACGAGCAGGACGUGCGCCUCCUCUACAGUCAAAUGUCCGGACGGGAACUGGAUCAGCCGGACGCUCCCAUUGAAACCAGUCUAGAGCAGAUCCUGGCUUACAUCCGGAAUCACUGGGAAAAGGUGACGGAGAGGAACCGAGCAGAGACGGACAGCUACCAGGAAUGCAAGGAUGCAAAGUGCGUGAGCCGGCUGAGUCCGGAAGAGGAACAGCUGGAGGCACUGAAGGUCCAAUGCUCGGACGCCGGCUGCAAGAUCCAAAGUCUGCAAGCCGAGACCGAAUCCAUCCGAGCUCUGAAACGCGGCCUGGAAAACUCGCUGGGCGACGCCCGUCACUGGCACGACAUGGAGCUCCAGAACCUCGGUUCGGUGGUGUCUAAGCUGGAGGCGGAACUGGCGGACGUGCGUGGCGAGAUGGAACAGCAGCGCAGAGAUUAUGACGGUCUGCUCACCAACAAGCAGCGCCUGGAGCAGGAGAUCCGACUCUACCACGGAAUCCUGGACGGAGAGGAACGACGCUUCCAGCCUGCCGAGGGUUCCGGUUCACAGCGAGACCUCGAGGGACUUUCCAGGACUCCGGCAGAUCAAGGAACGCCAACGCCGUGCGGACCGAAGGACCCCGCGGGCUCCUCUAAUCCUUAAUCCUUUGGGGCGCUGAAGACAAAGAUGAGGAAUCAUGCGAUAUUAAGAUUUGUACUUCCUGCUGGUGAAUAAGACAAUAAAAAGUCUUUGGAUUUUGUGAUGCCAACAAGACUUUGACUCUUGGUUUUGGAACACGGGUGCAGUUAACGAGGUCACAUCAUUCAAAUGUGACAUUACCGACAUCCGUUCAUUAGCAUAUUUGACCGAGUGAGUCCCAAUUAAAGCAGUUCUGGUUUUCAAGACACGUUGGGGGAUACAUCCAUCCAUUUUCCGGGCCGCUUAUCCUCACAGGGGUCGCAGGAGCGCUAGAGCCUAUCGCAGCAAUCUUCGGGGAGGAGGCGGGGCACACCCCAAACCGGUUGCACAUUGAAAUAAACAACCAUUCGCAGUCACAAUCACACUGACGAGACAAUUGAAGUCGCUCCAAAGAACGCUCAUUUUGGGGUUGCGGGAGGAAACCGCAGUGCACCCGGAUAAAAACCCACGCGGGCACGAGGAGAACAUGCC